AUGGCCCCGCUCCGCCGCCUCCUGCUCGCACUCUGCCUGCCGGCGAUGCUGCUGCCGCCCGCGGUCCCGUUCCCGGCUCCGAGCACCGACUGGGCCGCCUGCAGGGACCUCUCCCAGCGGCUGUCGCGGCUGUUGGGGACGAUGAAGGAGUCGCACCGGGCGCUGGAUGCGGUCCGUCUGGGUGGAGAGGAGGACUCUGAGGGGGACUGUGCCCCCCGCAUCCGCUGCAGUGAUGCCUGUGACCCCUCCACGCUGGACACAAACACCCAGCUCUGCCUGCAGCGGAUCCUGCAGGGGUUGCAGCACUACCAGGCCAUGCUGGGCUCCGACAUCUUCGCCGCACGCCCGCAGCCAGAGCUGAAGGCGGUGCUGGAGGAGCUGCUGGGCCGCGUGCAGGUCCCCAUCCGUUCCUGCCAGGCCCCCACGCCCCCCCACGCAGACCCCUGGGCCCGGCCGCUGCUGCAGCACGACACGCUGGAGCGGCUCCGCUCCUUCACCGCCGUCAUGAGCCGCGUCUUCACCCACAGCGCCAGCGCCCGCUGA